AUGCAUCGACGACCAUCAGCAAGGCGUGGAUCACUCAUAAAAGGAGCACAGUCCACAUCACAGGAGGUGCCAUGGGAUAUAAUCGACCGAUGUGCGCUACCGAUUGUGCUCUGUCACGCAAUAGCCGUGGUGUUGUCAACAGUUCUAAACGCUAUGCACUUGAGCUCCAUUUCAGUCUUCACUCUAUUCCUUUGGUUUUCAAUUUCCGUCACAGGAUCCUUAUGGUUCUACCAUAAUUUGCAGGUAACGGCUGCUGGAAAGGCGGUUCUUGUUACGGGUUGCGACAACGUGUUAGGCAACGCUUUAGCAAGACGUUUAGACGACCUCGGCUAUCAUGUUUUUGCUGGAUUCCAAAGCAAAGCUGGAAAUAUUGAUGCCGAUAUGCUGAAAGAAGACUGUUCUGGAAGAUUGCAUACCCUACAAUUAGAUAUCACUUCGGAAACUCAGAUACUCUCAGCUUCUUUGUACAUCGUGGACCAUUUACCAGAGGGCGCUCAGGGCUUGUGGGCUAUUGUUAACUGCGAGUCGUGGUGUGCGCUUGGAGAACUAGAAUGGGUGCCUUUCUCCGUUAUUAAGCGCGCAAUGGAUGUCAACCUUCUAGGCCCGGCCCGCCUAGUGCAGGUAAUGCUGCCACUGGUUCGUCGUGCCCGCGGCCGUGUGGUCCUUGCCUCUUCGAUCCUGACCCACGUUGCAGCGCCAGUGCGUGGAGUACAUGCUGCCUCACUUGCCGCUCUCGAUGCUCUUGCCGCUUGUCUCCGCAGGGAACUCAAACCACGAGGUGUCGAUGUUGUGAUUGUGGCAGCUGGUGAAUACACAACUGGAAGCGCUUGGCUUUCGGAGGAGAAACUUCUGGAACAAGCUCGCGAUAUGUGGAAAAGACUUAGCGACGAACAAAAAGGUGCAUAUGGUGAAGAUUACUUCGAAGAAGCUCUGAGAAGCCUCGAAAAAUAUACCAAAAGUGCGGACGCCGACCUUACUGCUGUUACACGUGCGCUGAGUGAUGGAGUGACACGUACGUUCCCGCUCGCCCGCUACACCCCCGUGUCUCCGAGGGAGAAACUCAAGUCCCUGCUGGCUGAACACAUGCCGCGCUCUCUCUACGAAGGCCUCUACACUGAUUAA